AUGUUGAAGAUGAACGGGUGGCAGCGACAGAGCCAAAAUCAGAGCCGGAAUCUGAGGCGAGAGUGUUCAAGAAGGAAGUGUAUCUUCAUACAUCACCACACCUGAAAGCAGAGCCUGAUCCAGCUGCAGCGAUGGCAGCCGAGUCUUUG